AUGAACUACUCUCCCACCUCCCUCACCUCCGACCAAGAACUCUCCGUCAUCGUCGCCGCUUUAACCAACGUAGUCUCCGGCUCAACCUCCACCUCCACCUCCACCUCCACCGGUAUUUCAAUACCCGAAUUUCGCAACCCCGACCCAAUAGUUCCACCCGCAACCAUGGAAACCUGCCGUGAAUGCAACAUAGCAGGAUGUUUAGGAUGCAAUUUCUUCCCGGAAGAGAACAAGAAAAAACAAAAGAGAGCAAAAAAGAAGUACAGAGGAGUGAGACAGAGACCAUGGGGAAAAUGGGCUGCCGAGAUUCGUGACCCGAGACGCGCCGCUCGGGUUUGGCUAGGAACUUUCACCACGGCGGAGGAAGCUGCUAGAGCUUACGACAAUGCCGCCAUCGAGUUUCGCGGGCCCAGAGCCAAGCUUAAUUUUCCACUAGUUGAUGAAUCGCUUACGAAGCAAGUGGAGGAGCCAGAAGUGGUUGUUCCUAGUCCUGGUACGGAGAAUGUCAAGGACAAGAAUUUGAAUCAAGAGAUGCAAAUGGAAACAACAAUGGGGUUUGGGAAUAAUGUGGAUUGUGAUUUUUGGGAUAGGAUUGGGGAAGCUGAUUUUCAGCAGCUUAUGAGGUUGAUGGAUUUUGGCGGAGAUUCUUCUGAUUCAAGAACAGGAAGCACUUUUUAG